CUGCGCCUCUGCGGUGUUACCGACUACCUUAACCAGGCAUAAAAGAAAAAGACUUUGUAGUGCGCUCUGCAACCUCCUUUCCCUUUCCCUUUAUCUAAUUCUAAUUUUCUAUUCACAUUCAUCAUUAAACAUCACUGCACGCAAUUAUACAUACACAAUCCCUGUCUCUAUAUCUCUUCAUCUCUCUCAAAUCGAUAUCACCCCUGCGUAAAUCACACUCUUCUCAAAGGGUUUGCAGAAAUGGCAAUGGAGCAAUCAAGUCAACCGGAGUUUGAUUACUUGUUCAAGCUGUUGAUGAUUGGCGAUUCUGGAGUCGGCAAGAGUAGUUUGCUCUUGAGUUUCACUUCUAAUACUUUCGAAGAUCUUUCUCCUACUAUUGGGGUGGACUUUAAGGUUAAGCAUGUUACCCUUGGGGGUAAGAAGUUGAAGCUUGCAAUUUGGGAUACAGCUGGUCAGGAACGAUUCAGAACCCUAACCAGCUCAUACUACAGAGGAGCCCAGGGAGUGAUAAUGGUUUAUGAUGUAACACGAAGAGACACAUUCACAAAUUUGUCAGACAUAUGGUCUAAAGAAAUUGACCUGUACUCAACAAAUCAAGAUUGCAUCAAGAUGCUUGUUGGCAACAAAGUAGAUAAGGAAAGUGAAAGGGUUGUCACCAAGAAAGAGGGGAUUGACUUUGCUCGGGAAUAUGGAUGCCUGUUCAUUGAGUGCAGUGCAAAAACACGGGUCAAUGUAGAGCAAUGUUUCGAGGAACUGGUAUUGAAGAUAUUGGAAACUCCUAGUCUCUUGGCAGAUGGGUCUACUGCUGGCAAAAGGAAUAUAUUUAAACAAGCUCCUGCACAAGAUGCAGCAGCUAGUGGUUGUUGCUGAAGUACAACAUUUCUUAGUUUACUGUUAACAUGUUCAAUGUAAUGCUUUCAUCUAUCUUUUUCUGUUGAAUAGCAUAUUUAUUCCAUAUCUGUGUUUUGAAAAUCUUUUUCUGUUGAAUAGCAUAUUUAUUCCAUAUCUGUGUUUUGAAGUGUACUUUUGGCUCGGGGGUAGGCACAUGGUGACAAUAUAUCUUGGCCUCUUGAUCCCUUCUUGACAUAGACAAACGUUUGUUGACAAUUAUUCACAUAUGCAGUAAACUGACAUGCCUGUGGAAGAAGGUGAAUGUAACUAGUAUAUUAUGUUGUAUAUUGUUUAAUUUUAUUGUGAGACUGAAUGGAGCUUGGGUCUGGAAAUAAAAUAUUAAACAUUAACAAGCA